AUGACGCAACCGACAGAGAAAAGUAUGAUUACAGAUCCAAAGGCUUGGGCUGCAUGUGGAGUUAUCGCUUGUUUCUCGAUUUACUUCAUUUUCAAAACCCGGGAAGCGUUUGAAAAAGUAGAAGAUGCAAUAAAAGAAGUCAAGCAGGAUCGUAAAGCGAAAAUUUGCGAGAGAAAUUGUAUGAAAAUUUCAUGGAGAAACUCUACCGACUCUCAACAUCAGAACGAACAAGUCAUCGGCUCUGGUCUUCUCAUUCGGCCUAAGCAAUUAUUUCUUAAAAAAUCAGUUUUGGAUGUCACUGAAUCUCCCGAUCUUCAAAGUGAUGAGGACAAACUCGACCAAGAAUUUCGAAAAAAGGAUUUGGCGUUUCUGCUCACCAACUAUCACGUGAUCGAUGAGCUCAAAAAGACGACAGCGAGUGCUCUCAGCAAAGAAAAAACAUUUGACGACUGUGUGGAAAAUCAUUUGGUCGUUGAACCGAUGACUCAAGGUCUUUUGAGUCGAGAAUCGUUUAAGAUGUCCGGUGCGAAUCCUGAGUUAAUUUACUACGACUGGAAAUGCGAUUUGGCUCUCAUUAGAAUCGAUUUCAACGACUGUGCUUCCGUCUUCUCCGGGCGAAAAUCACUUGCUCUUUCCAAACAACCCUCGAAAAUCAAUGAUACAGUCACAAUAACUGGGUUUCCGUUGGGUCACGGGACAAAAGAGCUCCAAGCUAAAAUCAAAACCGCUGAUUUUUCCGCGAAAAUUAAUGAACCACGUGGUGAGAUCCAAAUCGGAAACUUCCAAAAUGAGGAAGACUGCUUCAAUUGUAUCAAGAUCAACGCGUCAGUCGAGCAAGGUGCUUCCGGUGGUCCAGUGAUGAAUUCGAAUCAAGAAAUCGCCGGUGUCAUCGUCUCGAAAGUUGCUGACGGAUGCCUCGCUAUUUCGGUCUCUCAAAUCCACAAGUUUCUCGAAGAUGCAGAAAAAGCAUACGAGAAUCAGAAACAAUUCGGAAAACACGGAAUCAAAGUCAGGCAAAUGAGCUGCGAAGUGGAUGGCCCUGCAGAUCUGUACUUUGAAAUCUAUAUGGCGAAUCCGAAGAUCAAGGAUCACCAAAAAUAUUUCGGGAAUGAACUGGUCUGGAAAAGGAUAACGAAGAUCAAGGUGAUACAAGACGGCGCGAAGAAAAAUUAUACCCCGUCCACAGAAGGGGCUGGAAUGCUUGUUGAACAGAUAAAUCGAGGCGCCGGCUCAUUUGAGAUAAAAGAAAUCUGGUACGAAACUGACGGUCUGGACGAAUCGAUCUAUUCUACUCCAUAUUUCUCCAUUGAUUUUGAAUAG